AUGGCAAGCACCCUCGGCAGCCUGCUCGCCCACCUCCGCGGCAUAGCCAUCAUCACUCCCUGGGCCCUCGCCCUUCUGGCCCAGGACCUGCUGCUAUCGCUCCUGCUGCUGCUGAGGCCCUUCAACCCCCUCCUCGCGUAUAGGCUGUCCAGUCCCAUCGCUUGGUCCUGCUGGGCCGGCAUCCAGUUCAUCUUUGAGCGGCUCAACGGUGCCAAGGUCGUUGUCUCCGGCGACAAGCUCCCGGCGGGCGAGUCAGCCGUCGUCAUCGCCAAUCAUGUGGGCUGGAGCGAUUUCUACAUGAUCCAGCACCUGGCCAUGAGGGCCAAGAUGCUUGGGUACUGCAGAUACUUUGCCAAAGCUCAACUCAAGAAGGUCCCGUUGCUCGGCUGGGGUCUGAUGGCCAUGGGCAUGCCGCUUGUGACCAGGAACUGGCAGCAAGACAAGCGCGAGCUGGACCGCGUCUUCUCAGGCAUCACGCAGCACCGCUUCCCAACCUGGCUCAUCUCCUUCAGCGAGGCGACGCGCUUCACGCCGCAGAAGCACCGAGAGAUGCAGCAUUGGUGCGAGGCCAACGGCCGGCCCCAGCCCCAGCACCUGCUCUACCCGCGCACAAAGGGCUUCAUCGCCACCGUCCAGCACGUGCGUCAUGCCGCACAUGUCAAGGCCGUCUACGACCUGACCAUCGCCUACCGUCGCGGCGGAAAGUUCCAGGCCGCCCCGCCCUUCUGGGACACCAUCCGGUCCGACAAGCUCAGCGGGCCCGGUGGGUACCAGUUCGAGGUACACCUGCGCCGCUUUGCGAUGGAGGACCUGCCUCUUGAGGAUGCGCAGCUGGCUAAGUGGCUGGAGACGAGGUGGGUUGAGAAGGGGGAGUGGUUGGAGCGGAAGAGAGUUGAGUGGGAGGCCGAGGACGGCGGGCGGUGA